AUGGAGAACGGUGGUUCCGUCGGUAGUGGUGGAGGAACGUUGACUAUGACCGGACCGAUCGAAAUUACUCUUGCGGGACCAGUCGAAAUUACUCUUGUGCCUGGUGGUGGACUUACCAUUAGGCAGGGUGGUUUAACGAUUAAAUUUAUUGGCCCUAUCAAUGUCACCUAUAAUCAAGCUCCUGUUACUGUUGGUGAUUUACAAAAUCUCCUUGUUGGUUUGCAAGGUGUUCAAGUUUCGGGAUCUCCUCUUCUUACUGGUGGUGUUCAAGGUUCGGAAGGUCCUCUUACUGAUGAAGUUGUUCAGUACCUCAAAUCACUUACACUCGAAGAACAGAAACUUGGCGUUGGACACUUGUUAAACCAAUCUUGA